AUGGAGGGCCUCGCAAGAGAGACCAACCCAUCAUCCCACCAUCAAGAUUUCACCGCCUGUGCGAGUGACGAGCGCCCGGAUGAGUCCGAGUUAGAAUUGGCAUCGCGACAGCGCCAGAAUGGUGCUGCAAACACCGAGCAUGUGAGUGAGAACAUGCUGCUUGACAGCAGCAAGUUGGGAGCUCUCAAGAGGCGCGAGUUCUUCGACAACCUGCUAAAGAACCUCGAAGACGACCACCUCCGCUUUCUGCGCGGACAAAAGGAAAGAAUUGACAGGGUUGAUGUCAAGUUGCCAGCAAUAGAGGUGAGGUAUAAUAAUCUGUUUGUGGAGGCAGAGUGCAGAGUUACUAAAGGAAAUCACCUGCCAUCUCUAUGGAAUAGUACCAAAGGUGCCUUCUCGGGCCUCGUGAAGUUGCUAGGCUUCGAAACGGAAAGAGCAAAAACCAACGUUCUUGAAGAUGUCAGUGGAAUCAUCAAACCCUGCAGAUUGACUCUUCUACUGGGACCUCCUGGAUGUGGCAAAAGCACUCUGUUGCGAGCUCUUGCCGGGAAACUAGAUAAAUCUCUAAAGGUAACAGGGGAUAUCUCUUAUAAUGGUUAUGAACUUCAUGAAUUUGUACCUGAGAAAACAGCUGUGUAUAUCAACCAACAUGAUCUGCACAUAGCUGAGAUGACUGUGAGGGAAACUUUAGACUUCUCAGCCCAGUGCCAAGGUGUUGGAAGAAGACCAAAAAUACUCAAGGAGGUGAACACAAGGGAGAGUGUGGCUGGGAUCAUACCUGAUGCGGACAUCGAUCUAUACAUGAAGGUAGUAGCAGUUGAAGCUUCAGAGCGAAGCCUACAGACAGAUUAUAUUUUGAAGAUCAUGGGGCUAGAGAUAUGCGCAGACACGAUGGUUGGGGAUGCAAUGAGAAGAGGAAUAUCAGGGGGGCAGAAGAAAAGAUUAACCACAGCCGAGAUGAUUGUGGGCCCCGCAAGUGCAUACUUUAUGGAUGAAAUAUCAAAUGGUCUGGAUAGCUCUACCACUUUUCAAAUAAUCAAUUGUUUCCAGCAACUGACAAACAUCAGCGAGUACACGAUGGUUAUUUCACUUCUUCAACCAACACCUGAGGUAUUUGAUCUUUUUGAUGACCUCAUACUAAUGGCAGAAGGGAAGAUUAUCUACCAUGGCCCUCGAAAUGAAGCUCUCAAUUUUUUUGAGGAGUGUGGGUUCAUAUGCCCAGAAAGAAAAGCGGCAGCUGACUUUCUUCAAGAGAUCUUGUCCUGGAAGGACCAACAACAGUACUGGUUGGGUCCACAUGAAUCAUACAGAUAUAUCUCACCUCAUGAAUUAUCAAGCAUGUUCAGGGAGAAUCACAGGGGGAGAAAACUACAUGAACAAAGUGUACCUCCCAAAAGCCAGUUGGGCAAGGAAGCUUUAGCAUUCAAUAAGUAUUCGCUACAAAAACUGGAAAUGUUCAAAGCCUGUGGAGCAAGGGAAGCACUCCUAAUGAAAAGGAAUAUGUUUGUUUAUGUCUUCAAAACAGGCCAGCUUGCCAUUAUUGCACUCGUAACAAUGUCUGUAUUCCUUCGAACUCGCAUGACAAUAAGUUUCACUCAUGCAAAUUACUAUAUGGGAGCAUUAUUUUUUUCCAUCUUCAUGAUUAUGUUAAAUGGCAUACCAGAGAUGAGCAUGCAGAUUGGGAGACUCCCAAGUUUUUACAAGCAAAAGAGCUACUAUUUCUAUUCAUCAUGGGCAUAUGCAAUACCAGCUUCAGUCCUAAAGGUCCCUAUUUCCAUACUGGAUUCGCUUGUAUGGAUAUCUAUCACAUAUUAUGGUAUUGGUUAUACACCUACUGUUUCAAGGUUCUUCUGCCAGUUUCUGAUACUUUGUCUUCUCCAUCAUUCAGUCACCUCGCAGUAUCGAUUUAUUGCUUCAUACUUCCAAACACCUAUUGUGUCUUUCUUCUACCUUUUUCUUGCUCUAACAGUAUUCCUUACAUUCGGAGGCUUCAUUCUUCCCAAGACCUCCAUGCCAGGAUGGUUAAACUGGGGAUUUUGGAUAUCUCCAAUGACAUAUGCAGAAAUCAGCAUAGUUAUUAACGAAUUCUUGGCACCAAGAUGGCAGAAGGAAAGUAUUCAAAACAUAACAAUUGGGAACCAAAUCCUGGUUAAUCAUGGCCUAUAUUACAGUUGGCAUUAUUAUUGGAUAUCCUUUGGAGCCUUGCUUGGAUCUAUUCUCUUAUUUUAUAUCGCUUUUGGAUUGGCACUAGAUUACAGAACACCUACAGAAGAAUAUCAUGGAAGCAGGCCUACAAAGAGCUUAUGUCAACAGCAGGAAAAAGAUUACACUAUUCAAAAUGAAUCUGAUGAUCAAUCAAAUAUUUCCAAAGCAAAGGUGACUAUACCAGUUAUGCAUCUUCCAAUUACAUUCCACAAUCUGAACUACUACAUUGAUACCCCACCGGAAAUGCUGAAACAAGGCUAUCCAACAAGAAGACUUCGACUGCUUAAUAACAUAACUGGUGCUUUACGUCCCGGUGUUCUUUCUGCACUAAUGGGUGUUAGUGGAGCUGGGAAGACAACUCUACUAGAUGUAUUAGCAGGAAGGAAAACAGGAGGUUAUAUUGAAGGGGACAUAAGAAUAGGUGGAUAUCCCAAGGUGCAGGAAACAUUUGUCAGAAUCUUGGGUUACUGCGAACAAGUCGACAUACAUUCCCCACAGCUUACAGUUGAAGAGUCUGUAACUUAUUCUGCGUGGCUUCGUCUGCCUUCUCAUGUCGACGAACAAACAAGAUCUAAAUUUGUUGCUGAAGUCCUUGAAACUGUUGAACUAGAUCAAAUAAAAGAUGUCUUAGUGGGGUCACCACAGAAAAAUGGAUUGUCCAUGGAGCAGAGAAAGAGGCUAACGAUUGCAGUCGAGCUUGUUUCAAACCCAUCAAUCAUACUAAUGGAUGAACCAACAACAGGUUUAGAUACAAGGUCAGCAGCCAUUGUUAUUCGUGCAGUCAAAAAUAUUUGUGAAACAGGAAGGACAGUAGUCUGUACAAUCCAUCAGCCGAGCACUGAAAUUUUUGAGGCAUUUGAUGAGCUCAUAUUAAUGAAAAGCGGUGGGAAAACAAUCUACAGUGGACCAAUAGGAGAGCGCUCCUGCAAAGUGAUCGAGUACUUUGAGAAAAUUUCUGGAGUCCCAAAAAUAAAGAGUAACUGCAAUCCAGCUACUUGGAUGAUGGAUGUAACAUCGACAUCAAUGGAGGUUCAACACAAUAUGGACUUUGCAAUUUUGUAUGAAGAGUCGUCACUGCAUAGAGAAGCUGAAGAUCUAGUGGAGCAGCUAAGUAUCCCAUUACCAAAUUCAGAAAAUCUAUGUUUCUCCCAUAGUUUUGCACAGAAUGGCUGGAUUCAACUUAAAGCUUGCUUGUGGAAACAAAACAUAACUUACUGGAGAAGUCCUCAGUAUAACUUGAGGCGCAUUAUGAUGACUGUCAUAUCUGCCCUGAUCUACGGAAUAUUGUUCUGGAAGCAUGCAAAAGUAUUAAACAACGAGCAGGACAUGCUCAGUGUUUUUGGUGCAAUGUAUUUGGGUUUCACCACCAUAGGCGCUUAUAAUGAUCAGACAAUCAUACCAUUCAGUACAACUGAGCGUAUUGUAAUGUAUCGUGAGAGAUUUGCAGGAAUGUAUUCAUCUUGGUCAUAUUCAUUCGCACAGGCUUUCAUUGAGAUACCCUAUGUAUUUAUCCAAGUGGUACUGUAUACGUUAAUUGUCUAUCCGUCAACUGGUUAUUAUUGGACAGCACACAAAUUCCUAUGGUUCUUCUACACCACAUUUUGUUCAAUUCUCUCCUAUGUUUAUGUUGGGUUGCUUCUUGUUUCCAUAACCCCCAAUGUUCAAGUAGCUACCAUACUGGCUUCAUUUUUCAACACCAUGCAAACACUAUUCUCAGGAUUUAUUUUACCUGCACCUCAAAUCCCGAAGUGGUGGACUUGGCUCUACUAUCUCACUCCUACAUCUUGGGCACUCAAUGCCCUCUUGACAUCACAAUACGGAAACAUAGAAAAAGAGGUGAAAGCAUUUGGAGAAACUAAAUCAGUUUCAAUCUUCUUGAAUGACUAUUUUGGGUUUCAUCAAGAUAAGUUGAGCGUAGUAGCAGCUGUCCUCGUUGCCUUUCCUUUUGUGUUGAUAAUCUUGUUUUCGUUGUCCAUUGAGAAACUUAAUUUCCAGAAGAGGUAAGCAAGUUCUGACAUUCCAACAGACAUGAAUCUGUACAUGUUACAGAUAUAGCUACUUGCCUUUUUUCCAACUGCGAAAUGCAGAAUCAGAGCUGAUUGGGUGGCUAUUUUUCUCAAAUCUGAUGGGUAAACCUCAUGAAUAAGUAAUUGUGUACAAUAACUUGAUUGUGCUAAGUACGAUUGUGAGUUGUAAUCUUUUUGUUUCACCGUUCAGAAGAAUUUGAUGGUUACAAAUCAUGUAACCUGCUUUGAAGAGGAUUUUGCAAUUGUGUUAUGCCUUAGAUUACUGAAUGCAUCAAGAGGAAAAUGAGCACCUAACUGAAUGAACCUACGAUUUAAAGCGAGCUUAAGCACAGAUAACAAAAAGCUAACUUGGAUUCCCGCACCGUCAUCAUCAUGCCUUAAUAUCCGUGCAAGGUGUGUGAGUGGUGGGUGGUUUCUGAAGAGAAACGUGGCCACACGUCACGGCAUGCGGGGCGCCGUUUGGAUUUCCUUUGAGCUAUAUAAAACGGGAACGGCAGCAUGGAAUGGUACACUUCUCUCACUUUCACCCAUCUUCAUCUUGCUCAUGUGCUCACUCCGCCGUUGCAAACAAAGCUUCUCGCAUCAAGCUUUUCUCCCCUUCCUCUAUUAGACAAGUUGAAGCCAGACACACCCGAUGAGCGCAGAGGUGCAAGCCGAAGGAGAGGAUGCAGCGCAACCACUAGGGGUGCUACCAGCAAGAAGGGUGCCACUAGCAAGGGUGCCGCCAACGACACAAAAGGGAAAUGGGUCACUUCGUCGGCGACACAACAUCGUCGACACAAGAUCAACUGACAAAGCUCGCCAACUGUUGCUUCUUCCCCAAUAUUGUUCUUCCCGAAGCAAAUGGAAGUUCACUGGCGCGCACCGCCGCGGGAGCAGAUCGUGCCAGCGCCAUGCCCGGACGAACGGGUAUUCCUAGCCCCUUUCUUGGUGUGAGGCUUCUCUUUGCCUCUCCAUGAGUUUCUUCGUGGGUAGCUUUUCUUGUACGAGGCCAAUAAUAUGUCACAUCACGUGAGACUGGUCGCAAAUCAAACUAGCGAGAGGAGUCGAUACCACGAAAAUCCCAUGUAGGAGACGCUCCAGCAAUCCCAUGCCUUCGAUGCAAGUGAUUGCCAUUAGUAAAUCUGGGAAUGGCUAAUGGCCCCCACAAGACACUAGUUGUCACUACACAGCCAGGGCCGCAAUAAGCCGCCACAAACUCCGGUGAACAUGAUCCGCAACCUAGCAUCGUCGGCACUGCAACCGUGCACCACCACCGCCAUGCCGCAAUGUAGCGAUGAUCACCGCUACCCGCCAGCACGCAAGCAACCAGCGAAAUCACAACCAACCACGGACUCGCCAACCAGGCCAAGCUCCAAUAUAAUGCCCCGAAGGAGGAACACAGACGCCGAGCACCGCCAUCAUUCGAUCUGGGCAAACCGGAACCUAGGGUUUCCGCUAAAGCAUUAUGAGAGAAUAGUCAAGGACUGCAUCUAGACACCUUAAGCAAGGGAACGACAUCCGCAGGCGCCACCGUCAUUGGCUUCGACCGAGCGAAGCCUAGCUUUCACCGACAGUCCCAUCCCUCCUUCCCCAAAUCGAACCUAGCCACUCUACCAUGCCCACCACCGCCGCCAACAUGACCACUAGUGAAGGAGACCACCAAGUCCACAGACCCUAGGCCAAGAUUCAUGGCUAAGGUGCCGCAUGCCUUGUUGCAAGAGAAGAGCAUGCCAUGCCCCCACAUCGUCGGGAUCCGCUAUCGAGGAAGAGUCAUCGUUCCACUAAUCCACAACAAUCUACUGCACCGCAAAGAAGGUGGUCGCGACCACGACGAUGUGUCACAUGGACCUCUGUACCGAGAGGUGCCGUCAUUGUCGGGAGAAAAGGUCGUCCUGCCAAUGGACCUGAUGGAAAAACGUCAUGCGAGGAGCCCUGUCGGUGCCUCCGACAACGGUGAGAAGGUAUGGGACGUGGAGGGCUGCUGGCGGCGAGUCUAGGUGGUUUCGCCCAUGACGCCUGGAAGAUCAUGCGAGGGUUAGGGAUGGCUGGAAGGCAAUGCAGGGGACAAUACAAUUAUAACACAUUAGUUCGAAGAAUCGGCUAUGAGUUGAUUGGCACAAAAGAGAUGGUUCUUGGCAUCGAGUCUCAUGGUGGAUGUGUUGUUAGGCAUAUCAGCAUGAGUUGUCGAUAGUACGUCAGUACGUCCCCUAGAGCUUUGUGCACUACUAGGUGGAGCCAUGCUAAGAGCAUCUCCAACAGAUGACAUAUAAUAGGGCACUAAAGAGUAGGUUUUAAGGCACCAAAAAAGAUUCUGCCAUAGCAGACGAUGUAAAAUAGGUCACCGGAAAAAUUUCUGCCGUAGUAGGGCAAUAUUAUUGCAUAUUUCGACAUUUUCAAACUUCUAAUUGUUCAAAGUUAAACUAACAGUACUAAGAUAGAUACACUACUCAUCAUCACUACUACGAUAGAGGUCUCAAGUCAAUAUCGUCGGCUUUGUCAUCGUCCAACUCAAGCUUGAUCACCUGUGAGGGGCCAGCCUCAUCCUCCUCCUUGAGAACCUUCUUGUGUUGCACGUCCCUACUGGCAAAGAAUUCGUAUUCCACCUGCACAAGGUAAGGACUUUCCGCUGCGAACCUUGCCAUAGCCACCGCAUCGCUCUCAUGGGCGGUGUGUUGCUCCACGAUGAGGCAACCAUCUUCUCCUCGUGAAACACAAUCCCCAAUUCAGGAGCGAGGAACUCCGCCACCUCUCGCUCAUGACGUCAGGAAAGUGUGCUCUGACUUGGGCCAGCGGCCACGGCAUCAUACGCGCAUGUAGCGAGCUCUGUUGUCUUGAAGGUCCUGAGCCAGAGUUGCAUCCCAUCGCACAAGAUAUCGACAGCAUAGCCGUGGGACUACAAUGCCAAACACAGUGGAAGACCGUGCUCCUCCUCGCCUUAGCGUUGUGGCGCAACAUCUUCAGCUCGGCGAUGGCGGUGGUCGACGGCUGAGACGAAUGAGAGCGGUGGAUCUGGCGGCAGUGGCGGCCAAAUGGCGUGGUGUGGCGGACAAUUUGGUCAACGUGGUGGUGCAGAGGCCGAUUCGACAAAAGGGGCGGUUGUUCCGAUGGCGGUGGUGGCCGUAUUGGGCAUCGUCGUCGGCAAGGCAGAGGAAGCGACUAGGGGGGUUCACGCGGCGGUCGAGCAAAGCGCGGCUGAGGUUUUUGUUUUGCGGCAACUACGCGGCUGUUGUAUAUUUGGAGAACAAAAGGGCUGCCCCAAAAAUAUUCUAGCACGAUAUAGGGAUAGGGCAUCUGCUGGAGCACCAUUUUGGGUCCAAAUGCCAUAAAACGGUUUUUUAGGCAGCUGCCCAUUUUGCAUCAUCUGGUAGAGAUGCUCUAAGAGUUUUUAGCCUUUUAUGGGCUUCUCUUGUUCUAUGUUUUACGAACAUGCUUUUUACCUAUGUUUAUGUUCAUAACGUGGUUAGGUCUAUUUAAGCCCCUAAACUAUACAGUAAUAAAUAUUUUUUCCCGAAUCUUUUGUUCGGACAAUCAACACCCCUACAGGCUUAUACGUGAAACGGUUUGGUUGAGUCCCUAACUACGCCACAUGGGCUUGUUUUGUUGAUGUAGAAAUGAUUAAAGACAAGACUCAAAUUGUACAUCUCUCCUUUUCUUUCAUGAUGUUGCCCAAUGAUUUAAUAUACGGUCACACGAUGAUAAGCGACCGCCUAUACUAAAAAGAAAUGGAUUGUGCUAUUUCUCCCAAUCGCCCAAACCCUCGAUGAAAGGUUUUCCUUCUCCAAAUCAUCAACUUGGCCAUAGUAAACACAAACUCAAGCUCUUUCGCUAGGGAUAUAAAUGGCCCAAAUAAUGUGUCCCUUUCUACACUAGAUAAUGGCCUAAUGCCCCAUUUAUCAAUGCAAGUGUUAUUCAUAACAUGGUAUCAACAACAUCUUUUGAGUUUUUCUAAGGUUUCUUUUUGGAUCAUCAAACAUUUAGGGCAAAUUCUUUUAUGGGAGAAUUUAAAUUUUCUAUGUAGAAAGAAGCGUAAAUGAUCAUACGAAGGAAUAUUAGCCUCCCUGCCGCCAGCAAAAAAGUGCACACGUACACCGUCAUUUUCACCUGCAGCCAGGGCUGGCGAUGGCGGCGAUGCACCCCACGCUCCCGCUUUCCCCCUCUCCUCCCUUCCACCCUCUCCUUGGAUGGACGCCCCCAUCCUACGACAUCGAUCUAGUUGCGCUGCCCUGGCUCCGGCGGUUGAUGCCUCACAUGGGCUCCGGUGUGGGGUUGGGUGUGGAGCCUACUCGUCAAACCCCGACCUCUCUCAUCAUAGUCCAACGUAGGUUGGACGCACUCGGACUCUCCGCUCAACCUCCCGCUUUGAGGCCCACGGCGUGUUGCAGCUAUCCCUGCCAUCCUCUCCACCUUCGGCUCAGGGUGGCCCUGAACCCCUGAAUCAAGGUUGCAAGUGCUUCAGGCCUGGCUCCUCGGCAUGUCAAGAUGGAUCUAAUACAUGCUUCGAGAGAAAUCCCUGUUGACCUAUGUAUGAGCCAACCACCACAGCGUCAACCCAUAUACCUCCAUGAAGUGGUCUUCAAGAUGUGCAGCUAGGAUUUGCUCUGCCAAGGCUACCCCUUGGUGCUAUGGAGUGUCUUGGUGGUGCGUUUGGGUCUGAAUCAUUGUGUGUGCUCCUGGAAAACACUGUGCUCGAUCUCAUUUCAGGCAACCAUGGCGGUGCUUUCUAGCAUUGUAACACUCCUGGGAGGCGUGGUCUUGGAGAUGCAACUCCUCAGUGUGUGCUCCAGGCCAAAGCUCAAUGAUGACAUCAUUUGUGGACGUUGUUCCCCUUCUUGAAGGCUUCGUCUUGUUGGCCCUGCCCUUGCCAUGUCAUGGGUUCUCAUACCAUGUUGGUGGCUAUAAUUGUGGUCCAGUGGUACACUUUGGUGUCACCCGUGCCACCAUCCGUCCAGUCCCCCUAUCCAUCAUAUGGUGCCUUCAAAGUUGACUCUCCCUUGUUGUGCAAUCUCAAAUCUCUCCCAUGGUGAAUAGUGUGUUGCCUUGAGCUUCAUGUUCUCUAUGUGGUAUCGACCCCACCUUGCAAGUUGUUCCGGUUGUUGCAUGUGGGGGAGCUCCAGUCAAGGUUCAUGCCUAUUGGUGGUCUCACAGCUUGUAUUGAUCCAGUAUCAUGCCCAUGUAGCAAAACUUGCAGUCAUAUCAAUGGCAUUCGUUGAUUGUGCUUGCUCCUAUAUAACAUUGUGGGGAUACUUGCAAGGUCUUGGUAUUGUGAUACCCUUCGACAGCGCCCUACAUCUAUUUGUAACUCGUGGUGGUGACCUCUGUGUGCGCCAGUUGGACUAUGCCUCAUCAUGGGCACCCACUUCACUCUUCUUCUUUUUUCCCUUUGUUGCUUAUGCGGUUUACGAUCCACUUUCCCUUAUAAACUGGAUCCCAAUUAAGAAUGUACUUACUUUUCACGAGUUCACAAAAAUAACAAGUCUCGCAUCUGAAUUACGAAUUAUGGGUUUACUCGUACACUUCAUUUUCUAUAAACUGCACAGUUGCGGCCUCUUUGAUUUGCAGGAUUGUAAAAAUGCAGAAAUAGGAAAAACACAUGAUUGGAAUGUCAUGCCCAUUUGAAUCCUACAGGACUUGAGUUUGUAUGAUUACAUCUCAGGAAAAACAAAUGAUUUUUUUCAAGAGAUUGGAUUGGAUGCUGGAUAGAUUUUCUGUGGAAUGUAGUUGGAGUGGAUGCUAGAUAGAUUUUCUAUGGAAUGUAGGAAAAAUCCCAAUAGGAUUCAAUACUGUACUACGAAUGAAACUACCAGCGUAUGAAAAAUUCAAAGGAUUGUAAUCCACCGAAAAUCCUACGAAAGUCAUUUGAAUCGAAGAGGCACUGAAGCAACAAUAUAAGGUACCUUCU